AUGACUGCCAGUCCAUCAUCUCUUCGACCCAUGGGCCUGAGCGCUACUGAUAGGGCUGGCUUGGCUAUUGCCAAUGAUGCGUGUUCCGAGGUUGUCUGCCCUUCAUUCUUCACUGUGCACCCCAAGGAACUCGCUCUUGGGGUUCCAGACUGGAUGCCGCAACGCCUGCCCAAUGGAACUGGGCCAAGUGCCCAGGUCGCGCCCCGCGUCUCGGCGCCAAGUUCAGUAUCAUCUCUUCCAAUGACCAACAUUUGCCAACCUCCGAGCGUGGAGGACAUGAUGUUAGCAGUCUUGGAUAUCCACACCGACUCAUUUGUGCGAGCAAAAUCUGCAUUGUCGGUUCGAGGCCUUAAGAGAGACCAUGUGCCCCGCGCAGAGAUACGUUCUGUCCAAUUUGGUCAAAAGCCUCACCCGUUUGGAAGCUACACAACCACCUAG